AUGAGUGUUCACAUCGUUCACAUCGUCCAAACACCCACAUAUCAAUACAUAUUUGAGCAAGUGAGCCAUUCCUGUAGCUGUAUUUAUUCUCCGCUCUGUGGACCGAGCCUCGCCCAAGUCACCCUUUCCACCCACGCCGUACAGCCUGCACGCGGCCAGCCACAUCCAAUUUCAUCUCCACUUUCAUCUCUCGAUUCUUCUUCACUCCUACCAGUCUCCAUAAACAACCUCUCCGCACGCAGAACCGACUUGCCGGUAUUUUAAUUUUUCACAGUCAACAUUCACUGGUUUGGGAAGACAGCCGCGCACAAAUAUAUACCGCUUUUCCACAUAACCGACCUUGACGGUAGUCAAUAACGGCAACUUCCUGUAGUCUUGGAUUCCCUGGUAUGGCCCAUCGAACCAACACUCGAUCUCCAUCGGGGUUGAAUCGCCGCCCGACGGACCGAUGUACGUCCCAGUCUGGGUCCCUUCAAACCGCAUCCUCGCCCGUGCAAUCGACAUUUGGAGGGAGGAUAUAUGCUGCUCCGGAGGAGGACCGAGGGUUAAUAAUGAGAGAUCGAAGCGAGAGAGAUCGGGGAGAGAACGACUGGGCUGACGAGAAGGGGAACAGCAUGGGGAAGACGCGCGGUAUGGAUGUGGGAGUAACCCGGCCUAAAAGGAGGCUAAGCAGUCUUCCCAAUCUCCUGGUCCCGCCUCCGCUCCACAGAGCCAUGUCCUCUACCUCUGUCAGCUCUCCGCCCCAGUCUCCCAUAGGUCAACCAGGGCAUGGCUCAUACCAUUCUCUCCAGCAACCAUUCCAUAACCAGAAGGCCCAUGGAUCAUCUACUGCGAACAAUUUUCCUUCUUACAGCCGGAGUAAUCCGCCCAAAUUGGACGAUAAGGUGGGCAUGGUGGGCUAUGCUACUGCGAUGGCCGCCGCUAGCAGAGAAAAGGAAGGGCCGCCUUCUCUGUGGGGGAUAGAACUCAAGUGGAUCUCACUGAUCACGCUCGCUCUUCAAAAUGCAUUCCUCACCAUCAUCAUGCACUAUUCACGGAUAUCUACCGCUCCCAAUCGCACAUAUUCCGCUGCCGCCGCAGUUUUGCUCAACGAGCUUCUCAAAGGUGGCAUCUCAGUUUUUAUUGCUCUCAAACGUAUCGACAAUGAGAUGACUGCAUCUCCUCCUCCCCCGGUCUAUUCAGAAAAGCUUGACGAUAAGGAUUUCGACAAGCGAUCUGGACAAAAGCUCCCUUCGAUCAUUCACCCCACGAGACUGCAAGCUCUAUCGAAGGCGGUAUUUUCACCCGACUGCUAUAAGCUUUCUGUUCCCGCCAUCCUCUAUGUCAUCCAAAACAAUCUUCAAUACGUCGCCGCAUCAAAUCUCGACGUCGCAACUUUCCAGGUCACAUACCAGAUGAAGAUCCUUACUACUGCGUUCUUUUCAGUUCUCUUGUUGCGCAAACGACUCUCUCGAACCAAGUGGGCUUCCUUGAUUCUCCUGGCUAUCGGUGUUGGUAUUGUUCAGAUCCAAUCCUCUUCAGCACCUGCUGCAUCUCACCACACCCACGUCACUGUCAGCCAUGAACGUCAGUUGCGAUCGGAGAUUCCGGUUUCUGAUGAGCCCAUCAUGUCCCCGGAAAGAGUGAUGCAUCCUGUCAGGGGAUUCGUCGCUGUUACACUUGCAUGCAUGACCUCAGGUCUUGCGGGUGUGUACUUUGAAUUUAUCCUCAAAUCGUCUUCUGGGUCCAGCGCACCUGAUUUGUGGGUGAGGAAUACCCAGCUGUCCUUGUUCUCCCUUGUCCCUGCGUUGGUACCCAUUAUCGUCAACCCUUCGGGGCCGAAUGGCAUGGGUUACUUUUCAAAAGUGAUGUCUUGCUUCGACAACUUCAACGGAUGGGCGAUUGGUACAGUAUUGACUCAGACUUUUGGUGGAUUGAUUACUGCGUUGGUCAUCAGAUAUAGCGACAAUAUCAUGAAAGGAUUUGCUACGUCUCUUUCCAUCAUUAUCUCCUUCCUUGCCUCAGUCGCUCUCUUCUCCUACCCCAUCACUCUUAGUUUCAUCGUCGGUGCUUCUAUUGUUCUUUUCGCUACCUAUACAUACAACAGCCCCGCUCCACCUGCCUCUUCUACUCGCAAAGAAAUCGCAGUCCCUGGCUCGCCCAUUUCCACUUCUGCACCUAUACUGGGUGAACCUGAAAAGCCUAGUCGUGCGUCAAGCGUAAUCAAUUUGCUUGGCUUGGGAUCCAACAAUGGGUCCAGAAAGCCUAGCGUUUCAGACAUCAAAUCAUAUGCCUCUAGUCAGUUGGGCUUAUCGUCAUACCCCGUGUCUGCCUCUGUAUCAGCACCCGGUACACCGAGGACAAACAUGAACGAUUAUGCGGAAAGCGGAAGGAGCAGCCCUGCAAGCUUUGGUGCCGUACAGACGAGUCAUGGUGGAUCUGGAGCUGGAUUUGGUCGGGGUAAUGUGGGGGAUAAGGUCAGGCCAAUCUUGAGUUUGGACAUUGAUAGAAAGCAUGGUUAAGGGUUUGGUAUCUGCCUGAGAAUUUUUUUACAAGGGUUUCAAGUGGGUUUAGGUGCAAGUGGCAAUGGUAAUGUGGAGCCAAAAUGUCAUGCGUACCGUAUCUUUGGUCAACCGUAUGAAGUGAUAUGCCUCCACCAUUUUGGUUGUUCCUAACGCUUAAAUUAGAUCCAGAUUUGAAUCAACAAGCCUUGCACGCAAGACUGGCCAUAAGGUUUAUCAUCUUAUACACAUCAUUAGUGGUUAUGAUGAGAUCUUUUUACACUUCUACCCUUAGAAACAUUCAGGACAGAUUCGGGAGGCCGUUGCACUGUGCGUGCUGAUGACAAGAAACAACAGCCCACUAAUCAAAUUUAAAUUCUUCAUGUCGCUGAGGUACCCAUAUCGUAUUAUAUUCUCGUACUCCUUUCUUCUCGAGAAUCUUAUAUUUUGAAGGAUCAUUAGGACCUGCCUUAGCUGUAAUAGGUACUACAACA